AAUAAAUUAACCAAAUAUGCAAUACCUGUCUGUUUUAGUGUUGGCAUUAGUAGCCUAUAGUACAUCGGCUUUAGCGCCGACUAUCAAAUUGAACACCGGUUAUGAUAUGCCGGUCAUAGGGUUGGGCACUUGGCAGGCAACUGGUCAAACAGCCCGACAAGCGGUCAAAGAUGCCAUCGCUAUUGGCUAUCGACACAUAGACACGGCCUCACACUACGGCAAUGAGCAUGAAGUGGGUCAGGGAUUGCACGACCAGAUCAAUGCCGGUCUUAUCAAACGCGAAGACGUAUUCAUCACCACAAAAGUGUGGCCGCAGGGAACCGACCGAAGGAAAGCACUCGAAUCGGUCAGACAUUCAGUACAACAACUGAACGUAUCGUACGUCGACUUAGUUUUGCUACAUUUCCCCGAAAACGAUUGGAUCAAUGUCUACAGGGGUAUGGAAGAUGCCUACCACCAGAAGCUCACCCGAUCCAUAGGUAUCAGCAACUGUGGCAGAGGUCAGAUCGACCAACUGUUAAGAGAGACUACAGUCAAGCCGGCCGUCAAUCAGAUCAGUAUACAGCCGCGCAAUAAUCAAGACGACACUGUUAACCACUGCAAUGAAUUAGGUAUUGUAGUAACAGGUUUCUCACCCCUGGGUACCGGUUCAAUAGUCAAAGACCAUACAUUGGCCUCAAUUGGUACAAAACAUCAAAAAUCUGCCGCACAGGUAGCUCUUCGCUGGCAAAUUCAACGACAUUUGAUUACUAUACCGAAGGCUACAAAUCCUAAAUAUAUUAAAGAAGAUUUUGAAAUCUUUGACUUUCAGUUGACCAACGAUGAGAUGAAUACUAUUCAUAAUUUGCAUUAA